UACAGUGUCCGAAGCCUGGAACAAGUCAACUCUCCCAUUUUUUUUCCAUUUGAGAUUGGUAAGAAUGAUGUAACAAUGUUAUUCUUUAAAUGGAACAUCAUAUAUAAUGCAUUGGUAUUGGACUUUAUACCUGAUCUAUUUUGUUCCCAGUUGCACCAUUUAGAGCUUCAAAAAAUAUUUAUUUAGGUUGGCAUGCACUUGCAUAUAGAGAGGAGCUUCUGCCUCUAUGAUUCAUAGUGAGUGAGUAUUGAGAGAAUUACCCUUGUGACUGCUUCUGCCGAAUACCAUUAGCUUUCAAUGAUGCUGAAAAUUUUUCUACUGUAUUCUUUUCUCUUUCACUUUACAUGGCUUCACAGUGCACUUGCUGACUCUGAUAAAACCAACACAGCCAGAUCACCCACAACCAUCACCAAAGGACUCAACAUAUCGAAGCCUGGCUGCCCAAGCAAGUGCGGAAAGUUAGCUGUUCCAUAUCCAUUUGGCAUUGGCAUAGGCUCAGGGUGUUCCAUAGGCCAGGCGUUUGACAUAAAAUGUGACACUUCUUUCAGCCCUCCAAAGCCAUAUAAGGGAACUUCAGGUUUUGAAGUCAUAUCUAUAUCAAACUCCCAAAUAAGGAUUAAGAACUUGUUGGCUUCAGGAUGUUACAACCAAAAUGGCAAUCUGACGAGCCGCAGAGUUAUUGAGAUCUUUUGGGAAUCACAAUUUACCUUUUCUGAUGCCAAUAAGUUUACUGUGGUAGGAUGUGAUGAUAUUGCCUUGAUUGGUGGAAUGGGUGGGACUGAUUUCUCCAGUGGAUGUGUUUCUCUCUGUUCCAGGAAAGAGGAUAUCCUAGAAGGUUAUUGUACAGGAAUCGGUUGCUGCCAAACUUCAAUACCAAAUGGCCUAAAGGGCUUUUCUACUACAAUGAUGUCCAUCUAUAAACACAUAGAAGUCUCAUCCUUUAACCUUUGUGGUUAUGGUUUUCUUGCAGAGGAGAACACUUUUAUAUUUCAUUCAUCUGACCUCAGUGAUGCAGAAUUUAUAAACAGGACAAGAGAUAAUGUUCCAGUAGUUUUGGACUGGGUGAUCAGUAAUCAAACUUGCUCUGAAGCUCAGAAAUCAAAUGAUUACGCAUGCAGGAAGAAUAGCAAGUGCAUUGACUCUGACACAAAAUCAGGGGGAUAUCACUGCACCUGCUUUGAAGGAUAUGAAGGCAAUCCCUACCUUGAUCAAGGGUGCAAUGACAAAAAUGAAUGUGAAAAUAGCCCUUGUGAUCCCCAAGGUAUUUGCACCAACAUUCCUGGUAGUUAUAACUGUUCAUGCCCUCACGGAUUCCAUGGUGAUGGCAUGAAAGAUGGCCGAGGCUGUGUCAAACAUGCUUCAUCAUUUCCGGCGGUGAAGUUCUCAUUAGGCUUUGGCUUUAGCUUGUUGGCAGUGAUAAUUGGCCUUACAUGGAUAUACUUCAGCUUUCAGAAAAGAAAACUAAUCAUACUCAGACAAAAAUUCUUCCUGCAGAACGGAGGCUUACUACUGAGACAGCAGCUGUCCUCUAAUGAAGGAAGAAUGCAAUCAGCUAAAAUCUUUUCUGAUGAAGAACUUAAUAAGGCCACGAAUAAUUAUUCCGAAGAACGCAUCCUUGGAAAAGGGGGCUAUGGAACAGUUUACAAAGGGAUUCUCAAGGAUCAUCGUGAGGUGGCAAUCAAGAAGUCUAGAAUAAUGGAUGAGACUCAAAUAGAGCUCUUCAUCAAUGAGUUUGUUAUUCUCACUCAGAUCAAUCACAGAAAUGUGGUCAAACUCUUGGGCUGUUGUUUAGAGACUGAGGUUCCUUUGCUUGUAUAUGAAUAUGUCUCCAAUGGUACUCUGUUUCACCAUAUCCACAACAGUGCGGACAUGCCUUGGUUUUCUUGGGAAAACCGGCUCAGGAUUGCUGCGGAGGCAGCAGCUGCACUUGCCUAUCUUCAUUCUGCAACAGCAAUGCCAGUUAUUCACAGAGAUGUCAAGUCACCAAAUAUAUUGCUUGACGAGUCUUACACAGCAAAAAUAGCAGAUUUUGGGGCUUCAAGAUUGGUGCCUAUUGAUCAAGCACAAGUGACUACUCUUGUGCAGGGAACAUUGGGCUAUCUUGAUCCUGAAUACUUCCAUACUGGCCAAUUGACAGAGAAAAGUGAUGUUUACAGUUUUGGAGUGGUCCUGGCAGAGCUUCUGACAGGGCGAAAACCACUUUCACCUGAAAAUGGUGAGGUAGAAAGAAACUUGUCUACUUGUGUAGUUGCAGCUAUGAAGGAAAAUUUGUUGUUUCAAAUAGUGCAACCAAGAAUUCUGCGUGAAGGGAGUACAGAACAGAUUAAUGCAGCGGGUAAGCUUGUUAAGAGAUGCCUCAAAUUAAGUGGGGAAGAAAGACCAACCAUGAAAGAAGUGUCUAUGGAAUUGGAAAACUUAAGAAAGUACAAGUUGCAUUUCAGGAAACAGCUUGAAAACCCUAGCGAGAACAUGCGAUUUACAGCGAAGCAAGCUGAUCUACAUCCUGUUUCUGUUGACCCUGGUUUCAACACUGGAGAUUUUUCUGGACAAUAUUCUCUGGACAGCACACACUUCUUUCCGGAAAUCAAUACUCCUCGCUGAAUGGAACUACCUGAGUACAUUCAAAUGUUGAUAGAUAUGAAGAUUUAUUGAUUUGAUUUUUACAUUUUUGUUCUCUUAUAUAGUGCCUGAUAAAAUUUGUGAUGCACCAGAUUUGAAGAGUUGUUGAUGCUUAUUUAUCAGUGUUGUAUAUUUAGUGAUGCAUUGUGUUGGAGUGUUCUAUUUGUAAUAAAAAUACUGAAA